GUAUGUAUUUAUGUUUUGUGGUACAAAAAUUUCUAGAUUACAAGCAGUUAAUGACACAAUAUGUUGCUUUAUAACAGCUUAUGUUUUUCAUUUCUUCUUUUUAUCGAGUUUUUUCUGGCUAAAUGUAAUAUGCUUCGACAUUUGGUGGACAUUCAGAAAAAUCCGUUUGUGUCGAACAAAUAUAAAACAAGCAAAAAAGAAGUUUGUAAUGUAUUCCAUUUAUGCGUGGGGAAUUCCCUUGAUCAUUACUCUUACCUGUGCCACCAUGGAUAAUGUUGAUGGGAUACCAGAAUGUUGGAAGCCUAAAAUAUGUAUAGACAAAUUUUGGUUCAGUACUGUUGAGGCAAAAACGAUAUAUUUUUACGUACCCAUGGUUGCUACUGUUAUCAGUAAUAGUUGCUUCUUUAUCACUACAACUGUAUCGAUUAUUCACCAAACUAUACGUACAGCCAAUCACUUGAGAACUUCAGAUAACAAAACUUAUAACGAAAACAAGCACAGGAUUAAAAUGUUCCUAAAGUUGUUUGUGAUGAUGAUUUAUGGUGGAAUAAUCUGGGUUAUAGAGGUGAUAGCAUGGACAAACACCGAUUUUUUACCGUCAUUCGUUUGGUAUCCUACAGAUAUGUUAAAUAGUUUGCAAGGUGUCAUUAUUUUCAUCAUAUUUGUAUGUAAGAAUAAGAUAAAGCAAUUGCUACUAAAACAAUUUGACGGGCAGACAUGUGGUCCAUUUUGUAUAAUUCUAACGUACAAUGAUAGCACGGCAUCUAAUGUCGCUUCUACAUCGACAACGGGGUCCUCGCAACAAAUUGAUUCAUUUAAUCAACAGCCAAUCUUGCAGAAUCUUGAGAAUAUUUUACCAGAAUGUAGGAAUACAGAAUACGAGCUGAAAACAAUUAAAAAAAUGUAGAAUUUUUAUGUUUAUUCUUUUUCUUCUUAAUAAACAACAAAAAAGUUUUGUUACAAUUGUGCGAAUUUUAACUCUGAAACCAGUUGCAAAGAAGAAAUCCAUAGAAUCAAAAGAUUACAGAAACGUUGCAUAAAUUUAAAAUUGAAUUAUUGCAAUAUUGUAUGGAAGUUGCAAUGUUGCUACAAGCUUGCGGCAAUGUUGAAAUGUCCUUUGAAAUAGUACUAAUGAUUAAUAUUAUUGAUGAUAUAAAGCUACGGUAAUGUUACGGUGCGAGGUAUUUUACAAUGAAACACAUUGUGAAAAAAUCUGCAAAACGCUUUAAAUUUAAUAGAUAAACUUUUAAAGAAGAAAUAAAAAAAAACUUGUACUUAUUCUUUAUAAUCUACAAUCUUUUUGUAUCCAAAAUUUUGAUGAAAAAAAUUGUGAAUUUAGCCAUUCUGUAAAAAGUAUUUUAUCAUCUUUCUUGAUUAUUUUUAUACAUUCUAGAAGUUUAUUUAUUAAAAAAUUUGAAAUAAUCUGCAUAUUAAAAAAUUAUAUUAUAAUUAAAUUUACAUGUAGAAAUAAAAAUUAUUGCACUAUGUUCUGUUAUGUAAUUAACACCAUUACUUUAUUUUAUUUAUUAAAAUAUAUACUGAUUGUGAAUAACACUGAAGGAAAAUUCAAAACAAUUGAAAAUUGAAGAUAUAUAAUUUUGUAAUAAAAUACUGUGUUUUUUUUAAACUAAACCAAUUUUUUAAAUUUAUUUUUGGGUUAGCCAUAUUAUCACUUUUCGUCUUCCGAUUAUACAAUGUGUUAUCUUGUUAUAAAUCACAUUCUAAGUAAUAAUCCAUUAUAUAAUAAUAAUAAUGAUUAUCAUUGCAUACAUUAUCUAAUAAUAAUAAUAAUGAAUGUUUCCACAAUGUCACUGUAAGCAACCACGUUGACUUAUCCACCCUGCAAAUUAUUACAAUGUGAGACUACAAACUACAGUAAUGUUACAGUGCAAUGUAUUUGUCAAAUUGAAACCUAUACAGCACAAGCUGUUGCAACGUUGCAGCAAUAUUUCUGCAAGCUUUUGUGCUGUAUAGAUACAAGUGCAGAAUGCUUCAAAAUUUUAUACGUAAACUUUGAAAAUAUCUAAAGACAUCUUAAUGCGAUAAGAAAAACUCAUUUGUAAUUUAUAUAAUUAUAAAGUAAAAAUUAAAAAUUAAUUGUAAUUAUAUAUUAUAAAGUUUACAAUUUUUCGCAUUUAAAACGUUGAUGCAAGAACAUAAUGAAUUUACGCAAUAAGCAACGAGCUUUCCUAGCAUUUUUUUCGAUAUUUUUAUAUAUUAUUAAAUCUUUUCUAUUAAAAUCUAAUGUAUAUUUUGCAUGUUAGAACAUUAUUGUGUUUUUAUUAAAGUUUUAUAUAGGAAUGAAAGCUAUUACAUAUUGUUACAUAAAGUAUAUACACAUGUAUAUGUUAUCUAAAUUAGUCAAACUACAGACUUUAAAACUUGUCAGUAGGUUGUCUUUUCACUAUGUGUGCGUAAAUUCCCAGUACGAUAAAUUAUUUUUUCUUAAGGCUAUCAACAACUCACUUUCCAGUAGUCUUGUCUUAGCAUUUGCCGGAAUAAGUUUGUGCGGUAUUUUUUGUUAGAAAACGAAAGUGAAUACAGUGCAAUGACUUUAUCAUUCUGUUUCUUAUCAUAUUCAUCUUAAAAUCAAUCAUAAUCGUUACAAGUAACAAUGUCAUAUAUAUGAGUCAGAUUGUUAUAAUUUGUCCGGAAAAAAGUAUGUGAUAAACUUUUCUCGCUUAUGCUCCUGUUAAAAGUGUAAUUAUAAUGUAUUAUUAACUUGGCUGCUGGUACAAAUCUUAUAAUUACUUCAAAGUUUUAUUAAAUAAGAUCAACUAAACAUAAUGUGAAACAGGAUCAAAAAAGUUUUUCUAAAUAAUAAAGAAAAGUUCAAAUUUUA